AUGGGCGAGAUGCACUCUCCGCGCGGCGCACCCGUCGCCGCGCCCGACCUGGGCGACGCCCACGACCAGGAAUUGCUCGCGAAAAUGGGCUACAAGCAGGAGCUGCGGCGGCAGUAUUCGACGAUGCAGAUCUUUGCGGUCGCUUUCAGCAUCAUGGGGCUGGUUCCCUCGAUCGCGUCGACUAUUGCGUUCUCCCUGCCUGCUGGGCCUGCGGGGAUGAUUUGGGGCUGGUUCACGGCUAGUAUCCUGAUCUUCUCGGUUGGCCUGGCCAUGGCCGACAUGGCGUCUGCGAUGCCCACAGCCGGCGGCCUAUACUGGUGGACGCACUACUUCGCCGGGCAGAAGUGGAAGAACCCGCUUAGUUUCCUGGUCGGGUACAGCAACACCCUCGGGCUAAUCGGCGGAAUCUGUUCGGUGGAUUAUACCCUCUCCCUCCUGAUCCUGGCCUGCAUCUCGAUCGCCCGCGACGGCACCUGGAGCGCAUCCAACGGCACCAUCUACGGCCUGUACGCCGGCCUCAUCCUCGUCCACGGCGCCUGCACCAUCCUCGCCAGCAACAUCAUGCCGCGCAUCCAGACUCUCUGUAUCUAUAUCAAUGUCGCCAUCGUAAUCGCCACCGUCGUCGCCCUGCCUGCGGGGAAAGUCGCGCGCGGCGGGACCCUCAACUCGGCGCACUACGUCUUUACGCACGUCGAUAACCUCAGCAACUGGCCGAUCGGGUGGACAUUUGUGCUUGCGUUCCUCUCGCCAAUCUGGUCGAUCGGGUUCUUUGACUCGUGCGUGCAUAUGAGCGAGGAGGCGAUGCAUGCGGCGCGCGCAGUGCCGCGGGGAAUCCUCUUCAGCGCAGGGAGCGCGUGUGUUCUGGGUUUCUUGAUUCUCAGUGUCAUUGCGGCCGUUAUGGAUCCUGAUGUGAGCAAUACCGCCGGUACGGUCUUUGGGCAGCCGAUGGCACAGAUCUACUACGAUGCCCUCGGCAAACACGGCGCAUUGGGUUUCAUGGCUGUUCUCAUUCUCAUCCAGUUCCUCAUCGGGCUUUCCCUGAUCAUAGCAGCCUCCCGGCAAGUCUUCGCCUUCGCGCGCGACCACGCCCUCCCCUUCUCGCCCAUCCUGCGCCAUAUCACCACUCGCGGCAUAAUAAAGCAUCAGCCCAUAAACGCCAUCCUCUUCCUGGCCGGAAUCUGCAUCAUCUUCGGCCUGCUGGCGCUGAUCAACAGCGUCGCCGCGAAUGCGCUGUUCUCGCUCUUCGUCGCGAGCAACUACGUCGCGUGGGGCACGCCCAUUCUGUGCAGAUUAAUCUGGAAAUCGAGAUUCACCCCGGGCGAGUUUUAUACCGGUAACACGUUUAGUACCGGUAUUGCUUGUGUUGCUGUCGCUUGGUUGGUGUUUGGGUUGGUCCUGAGCAUGUUUCCGACUGUUAAGGAUCCGGGGCCCGGCGAUAUGAACUACACGGUCGUGCUGAACGGGUUCGUGUGGCUUGCGAGUAUGCUGUACUACGUAGUCUAUGCGCGCAAGGUGUUUUCGGGCCCGCGCUCGACGAUUGCGGAGGGGGAGGCUCCGUCGUCUUCUGGGACUGAUGGGUAUGAGAAGGAGACGGAGACAGGGAAACGGGAGAAGUCGGAGAUAUAG